GAACAUUAAACUUUAUCCCACUAUUACACAACUUUUCUUUACUUGCAGAAUUUGCAAUAUCGGUGCGUUUUCUUAAUUACGCGUAUGAUUUUUUAACACGUAUCGCCGCGGUCGAUUUUUUUUUUGUGUUACCCACGAGUUUUCCUCGAUCUUUCCACUAGGCCGAUCUUUUCCUGACGAUCUUUCCCGUCUCGUUUCGCUCCCUUAUAUUGCGCCUUCCCCCUCUCGCCUAGACCUUCUCGAAGCUUCGGGGGUAUGUUUUAUUAACUUAUAAUUCUUAAAAAAUUUUUUUUAUCGCUUCUGUUGUCUAAUGCCUAGCUUUAUUCUUUUCUUCUAUUUUUUUGUUCUUAACCUUUCCUUUUUUUCUUUUUUACUAUUACCCCGAACGUUCGAGAAUGUUCUCUUCAGUCUUCUCCUACUUCCUUCAUUAAUCCUAUUCUAAUUUUCCUAUUUAUUUCUAGUUACGUGCCUUUGUGUUUUCUUUUGCUUAAUCUCUCUUGUUCACCGAAAUUUUAAUAAUUACAAUAUAACAACGAUGAUAAUAAUAGUACAAGAAAACGCAUUAAAGCAAACCUUUCGGCUUCUUCUAAUCUAAUCUCCUAAUUAUACUAUCUAAUAACAGAUAUGGUAUUAAUAAUAACUUUUUAUUCAUUUCCCAUCACCAUAAUAAUUUUAUAUACAUUUACAUCCUAAAUUCUACUUUGUUUCUUGGUUUCCUUUUUAAUUAGCGUUUAAAUUUCGCGGCCUUCCCAAUACGGGUCGCUCGCGCCGAUGGUGCUGCCCUCCGAAUCCUCAUCCGGGUGCUGCGCGCCCUCCUGCGCCAUCUCCAUCAAUCUCUCCAGCUGCGCCAUGGCGUCGUCUGCUUCUGCCUCUAGCGCCUGCGCAGCGUCUCUCGCAUACCGCUCCCUCUCUUGGCGGUCCUCGCCCAAUAGGAUUUGUUCGUGCGCCUGCAGUUCUGCCGUCGGUUGCAGUGCAACUGUUAAGUUGUCUGAACGCACCCAAUGAUGCAACAGCGCUAAUAGCACGCUCCUCAAAUGCAGGCAAUGCAGCCAUUGCAGCCUAGUAGCUGAAAAGCAACUAAAGUGAGGUCAAAGGAGUUUUAACAAUAGCGAGGUUAACAUUGACAACUUAAAGCGAUAGAGAUUUUGUUAACAUUAACAUAUUCAAUAUCUUUGGUUUAGUUGUAUUCGACCGCGAUAUCCGUAAACGAUAUCCAUAAACAUGGAUAACGUGGUGAAAGAGCUAGAGGCGUUGGAGAUCAGAGGUGAUUUGUGCAAAGAUUACUUUUCGUGGGAGUCACGUAUCGAACUGAUCGAAAAAGGUUUUGCACCACAAAGAAUAGUGGGAACGGAACGUCCGUGCGAAGAGAAAGACUACAGAGAGUACAGGCUAGUCGUCGAAAGAAACUUGCGUAAUGUCAGGUCUAUGCUGCAACACAUGUCCAACUGCUACAGAGAGAAGCACUUGCAACUGUGCAAUGCUAAAGGAGUGGCUAAAACGUUCAGCAUGAAUCUGUUGUUACUUAUAGGGGAACACACUGAGAAGAACGUUUGGAAUACUACUGAGUGUGUUUCCAUUUCUAAGGACUUAACAGCAGGUUUCUGCAGUCUCUACGCUUGUCAAAACAUCUCUAAGUUUUUAUCAGAGCAUGAGAAUUUAAGUAAUUUAUUGUUAAUGCUCAGACCGAAGUUAUUGAAGGAUGCCUGGAAAACCUAUCCAUCAGCUGUAGCAUGUUAUCGAUGGAUCUUACAAGAAGCUCCGAGCCCAACAUUAUAUGAUCAUAUUGGAGAUGUCUUGCCUACAGCACUACUUAUUCUUGAUGAUUAUUUUCCUGACAAUAUAAUAAUAGGCCUAGAAUGUACAUAUCAAAUUAUACAGCAUUCUUUUCUGAAACAAGGAUUAGUAGAAACUGGCUAUGCUAAAGUGAUUUAUCAUGCUUUGGAAAAGUUGACUCGUCAGAAAGAAGCAAGAUAUAUUAUUCCUUUGUAUUUUUGCAUAGCCAAACUUUUAGAAACUAUUGAAUUCUGGGACCGCAGUAAAACUCUAUAUGAAUGGACAACACGUGAUGACGUUCUUUCUUCGUUAAUAGACAACAUGGAAUUUGAGCAAAAUAUUGAAUUACGACAUGCAUAUAUGUCAAGUUUACCACAACUUAUCACAAAUAUGGGCUGUGCCAAGUGGUGCGAAGCGCUCACUCGCAUAUUCACCGAGUAUUGUGAACAUCACGUGGAUCUAAAGACAUUAAAAGCAACAUUGGAGGCUGCGAAGACGUUUCUUUCGAUAUUUCGUCUACGAAUACCAGCACAUUGUACUCCGCUUUAUACAGCAUUUUUAAAACUGCACUUUGACUUAAGAGAAACACCAGUGUUCGAUCGAGCAAUCAUGCAGAACCUGGAAGAUUGCAUCUGCAUGUUGUAUCAGCUAUCACCGAAUAUUGGCUGUGCAGUACUGAAUGAUGAUCGGAUGCGUUCAAUACUCGACAGUAGAUUAUCAAUCGUAUGUCAAGGAGGUGAUAUUAAAUAUUUCGAAUAAUUUCUAAUGCGUAUGUACAGAUACAAAAAAACACGAACUAAAUUAACAUUUACCAAACUCAUUUUUUCAUACCUGCAUAUGGGUUUUUCUAUCAACUAAGCCCAUAAACCGCCAUUAUAACAUAUAGUCGUAUAUAUUAGAAUUGUGUGUAACACACACACACAUAUAUAUAUAUGCAGGGUGUCCGACAAUUACUUUAACAUCUCUCGUAGGCAGG